GUUGGGUCUGUCAUGGCUUCUUCUUGGCUAUCUGUUAUGAUUUUGAGUGUUCAUGCUUGUUUAUUCUUGCUCUCGCUUCACGUAUUUGGUUCAAACAAUGUUUACAUUGUGUACAUGGGAGACAGACAACAUGAUGAGGCUCACCGUGUCCAGGAUUUGCACCAUCAGAUUCUUUCAGAUAUUCUUGGAAGCAAAGAAGCUGCAAAGAAAUCCAUUUUAUACAGCUACAAACAUGGGUUUUCGGGGUUUGCUGCAGUUCUUACUCAGUCUCAAGCCAAGCUUAUUGCAGGUCGCCCUGGAGUUGUUCGCAUAUUUCCAAAUAAGAUUCUAAGUCUGCACACUACUAGAAGCUGGGAUUUUCUGGGUGUAAAGCCUCAUGUAGUAGAUGGAAUUCUUUCGAAGAGCAAGUCGGGUACUGGUUCUAUCAUUGGUGUCAUUGAUACCGGCAUAUGGCCAGAGUCAGAAAGCUUCAGUGAUAAUGGUAUGAGAGAAAUUCCAUCUCGUUGGAAAGGGAUAUGCCAAGAAGGAGAAGGAUUCAAUAAGUCCAAUUGCAAUAGGAAAAUUAUUGGUGCACGUUGGUAUGUUAAAGGAUACGAAGCUGAAUUUGGAAAACUAAAUUCAAGUGAUGGGGUUGAAUUUUUAUCUCCUAGAGAUGCUGUUGGUCAUGGCUCUCACACAGCAUCUAUUGCAAGUGGUGUUCUGGUAAAAAAUGCAAACUUCAUGGGAUUAGCUCAAGGGUUGGCAAGAGGAGGUGCUCCAUCAUCUUGGUUAGCUGUCUACAAAAUUUGUUGGGCUACUGGUGGUUGUAGUUCAGCGGACCUUCUAGCUGCAUUUGAUGAUGCAAUCUUUGAUGGCGUUGAUGUGCUUUCACUUUCCUUGGGUGACUCACCACCUCUUGCUACAUAUGUUGAUGAUACUUUGGCUGUUGGAUCCUUCCAUGCAGUAGCAAGAGGAAUAUCUGUUGUCUGCUCAGGUGGAAAUUCUGGUCCUUAUCCUCAAACAGUCUCAAAUACUGCUCCUUGGAUUAUAACUGUUGCAGCAAGCACCAUUGAUCGAGCUUUCCCCACUGUCAUCACUCUGGGAAACAAUCAAACCUUUGUGGGUCAGGCUUUCUAUAAUGGGGAGGGUGUGAACAAGUUUCAUCCUAUUGUCAAUGGAGAAGAUAUUGCAGCCAUUGAUGCAGAUAAAGAUGGUGCAAGAUCUUGUGAUUCAGAAACCCUUAAUUCCACUUUAGCAAGGGGAAAGGUAGUUCUUUGUUUCCAAUCUCGAUCACAGAGAUCAGCUACCAUAGCUUUAAGAGCUGUGAAGGAAGUCCAAGGGGCAGGUCUAAUCUUUGCUCAGUUCCCCAGUAAGGAUAUUUCUUUCUUAUGGGAUAUCCCUUCUGUCCAAGUCGACUUUACGACUGGGACUUCCUUGCUAACCUACAUGGAGGCAAGCAGAAAUCCAGUAGUCAAGUUUAACUUCACAAAGACAGUAAUUGGGCAUGAACUGGCCCCAGAAAUAGCGUUUUUUUCAGCUAGAGGACCAAGCUCUCUCUCACCAUCUAUAUUGAAGCCGGACAUUGCUGCUCCUGGGGUUAAUAUCUUGGCCUCCUGGUCACCUGCUUCUUAUCCCAAGCCAUCUGAUAUGAUCCAAAGUGAACUGCCUCAGCUUAACUUUAAAUUUGAUUCUGGAACCUCCAUGGCUUGCCCCCAUAUCUCUGGUAUUGUGGCUCUUCUCAAGGCUAUCUAUCCAACCUGGAGCCCUGCAGCAAUUAAAUCUGCACUAAUCACAACUGCUUCUAUAAGUGAUGAAUAUGGUCAACACAUUGUGGCUGAGGGAGCUCCACACAAGCAGAGUGACCCAUUUGACCAUGGAGGUGGUCAUGUAAAUCCUAGCAAAGCCAUGGCUCCUGGUCUUGUCUUUGACAUGGGGGUUGCGGAUUAUUUCCAGUUCCUAUGUUCAAUGGGAUAUAAUCAUACAGCCAUCAGCUUAAUGACCAGGAUGAACACUCGAUGCCGCAAAUCAUCCAACACCCUCCAAAAUCUGAAUCUGCCUUCCAUCACCAUACCUGAGCUGAAGCUGCACAUGGUUGUGUCCAGAAUCCUAACAAAUGUUGGUCCAGUAGAAUCUGUUUACACUGCCCGUGUUCAACCUCCAGCUGGAACUUCAGUCAAAGUGGAACCAUCAAUUUUAUCAUUCAAUUCCACAAUCAAGAAGCUGAAGUUCAAGGCAACCUUCUAUUCCCAGCUAAGAGUUCAAGGAAGAUACUCAUUUGGAUACCUGUUUUGGGAAGAUGGCAUUCAUGUAGUAAGGAUACCAUUAGUAGUACGAACUAUCAUUGAUGCUUUUUCCUCUGAAACCUGAUUCAGAUAAACUGCUCUAUAUUACUGAUUCUGAAUUCUAAUAAAGGCAAUUAUUAUCA